AUGAUAAUAACGAGAAAGGUGGCACGGUGGGCGCUCCUCCUGAAGAGAGAGGCGCUCGGCCGAACCUACGGUGCACAAAAGCGGUCCGAACAAGCACCCCGCGGUGCAACGGCGAUGCUGCCUCGUUCCGGCCGGGUAGAUGACAACAUCGACACCGACACCGACACCGUGGCCACCGACCUGAACAGGACCAGCAGCUGCGUCGCGUUUGCGCUGCCGUUGUUGCCGUUCCCGUACUACUACUACCGCUACUACUACCCUCGUGCUGGAAUUGCCGCCUCGCUCUUUAACUCAGAUCGCCGCACGUUCACCGACCACCACGAGGAUCACUCGUCGUCGCUCCUGUUAAUCGCUGCGAGGUACGACGAACCGCGAACAGAACAUACGUGCUUCGAAGAACAGAAAGAGAUAGAAGUAGAAGAGGAAGAGAAAGACGAGGCAAAGGAGCAACAGGACGAGGUCGAACUAGGCGAACAGGAAGCGGAAAACGUGGCGAGACAGAUAGGACAGGAAAUAACAGUGCUCGCGAGCGUGGACAGUAACCUUCUUAAAUACCGGAACGUGGAUCAGUUACGAUAUUCCGCGUGACCAACAGCCAGUAGGACCUCGGUGUGUGUCGCCAAGUCGAUGGUAAUCGCGAGUGGGCGAUUCGUACACCGGCGUACCGGCGUGUCUUAACCAUUGCUACUGAACACACACACACACGCGAGAAAAAAAAAAGGAACAAGCCUAUAUACGUGCGAUCUAACACUUUUACGCCGGAUGCAAAUUAGCACAUUGUUCGUUAAUCGCUGUUGAAAAAAACGAAAAACGCUUCUCAGUUACUCACGAACACAUAUACACGAUACACAUACAUAAAGUACAGGAGAUUAAUGGAACAAUAUACAACGUGUACACCGUACACGGUAUAACAAUACAGACACGCGCGUGAUCUCGUGUAACGUGGAUAUAAAAAAAAAAGAAAAGAAAAGAUAAGGAGUGAACGGUAAAGAAAUUUUGUGGCGUUCGUUGGU